AUGGCAGGCGGAAAGGUCGUGGUCGUAAACAGCAAAGCUGAGUGGGACCAGGUGCUCAACGAGGCCAAGAACUCCGGCAAGGCGGUCAUCGUCGACUUCUUCGCCACAUGGUGCGGGCCCUGCCGCCUCAUCUCCCCCUACUUCCAGGAGCUGUCCUCCAACUAUGACGACGUCGUCUUCGUGAAGCUGGACGUGGACCAGGUGGAAGAGGUUGCCCAAGCCCUGGGCAUCACCGCCAUGCCGACCUUCCAGGUCUUCCAGUCCGGGGAGAAGGUGGACGAGUUGAUCGGCGCGUCCAAGGACAAGCUGAAGAGCCUGGUGGAAAAGUACAGCAAGGUGGGAGUGGCUGCCUGA